GGGUCCUAAAGGCUCCCCAGGGUGGGGGACACAUUUCUGGGAGCCUCUCCGUUUUAGCAGAGCGAAGGAUUUUAGGACCUGAUCAGACAGAUGCAACUGCUGCAGCUCGUGGAUUUUGGAUCUGAACUUCAGGCGAAACUUUGACUUUCUUAUGAUGUGAAAAUCUUAACCCAGGAUGUGCAGAUGAUUUAUCUAAACACGCAUUUAUCAACCUACCUGCCGGAUCUGAACAAUAUUAUCAUCAAAUACAAAGAAUGAAGGCGGACCGACGAAGUAUGAAGUUUGUUUUAUGGCUGUUAAACUUUUUAAUUUAUUGGACUUGUAUAGAAGCACAGAUGGGCUUCGAUGGUCCUCUCUCUGCACAGGAGCAGAUGUUCAUCCUAUAUGAAGCUAAACUGCAGUGCCUUCAGAACCUGUCCAAUAUGGAACCAACAACCACAGAUGAGGGGUGCCCUCCAGACUGGGACGGUCUUAUUUGUUGGCCCCAUGGCUCCCCUGGGCAGGUUACAAAGGUCCCCUGCCCAUCUUACAUCUAUGACUUCAAUCAUAAAGGUCAGGCUUACAGGAAGUGUGAUGCCAAUGGAUCCUGGGUGUUUGUGGAGCAGUGGAACAAAACAUGGACCAACUACUCAGAGUGUCUACGGUUCCUUCAUCCCCUUAGUGAUGAGGAAGCAAGACAAGACUUCUUUGAACGGCUGUAUGUCAUGUAUACCACCGGCUAUGCUGUGUCCUUCAGCUCUCUGCUAGUGGCCAUCGUGAUCAUUGGAUACUUCAGGCGUCUUCACUGCACCAGAAACUACAUCCACAUGCAUCUGUUUGUUUCCUUCAUGUUACGGGCUGUAAGCAUUUUUGUAAAGGACAAAGUUGUUUAUUCAAGUGCUGGAUUGCAAGACUUUGACUCAGCCCUGCUGGAUAACUUGAAAUCAGUGAGCAUUGCAUCACUGGACAAGUCACAGUAUAUUGGCUGCAAAGUGACAGUGUUGCUCUUCAUCUACUUUCUGGCAACCAACUACUACUGGAUCCUGGUGGAAGGCCUCUACCUGCACAGCCUCAUCUUCAUGGCUUUUCGCUCUGAUUCCAAAUAUCUCUGGGGAUUCAUAUUCAUUGGAUGGGGUGUUCCUGCUGUUUUUGUCGCAAUCUGGGCAAUCGUCAGGGCAACACUGGCAGAUGCAAGGUGCUGGGAGUUGAGUGCUGGUAAUAUUAAGUGGAUUUACCAGGUACCCAUCUUGACAGCAAUAGGGCUUAACUUUAUUUUGUUUGUGAACAUUGUGCGAGUGCUGGCCACAAAGAUCCGAGAGACAAACGCAGGGAGAUAUGAUACCAGGAAACAGUACAGAAAACUGGCAAAGUCCACCCUUGUGCUGGUACUAGUUUUUGGCAUCCACUACAUCAUCUUUGUUGGAAUGCCUCAUACAUUUGAGGGAUCGAGCUGGGAGAUCCGCAUGUAUUUUGAGCUUUUCUUCAACUCUUUUCAGGGUUUCUUUGUUUCCAUUAUCUACUGCUAUUGCAACGGAGAGGUUCAGACAGAAAUAAAGAAAACAUGGACACGCUGGAACCUGGCCUUUGAGUGGGAGGGUCCAGUGGUCUGCGGCCGUUACCGUUACGGCUCUGUGGUUGUCGGUCUCAACAACAACAGCACAAGUAGUCAGUCUCACCUGGCCGGUGGUGGCAUUUCCACACGCUCCACCACACUAGCUUCUAGUCGCACUUAUCGAUGCACAGGAGCUCCUUCGAUCAACGUGCAUGCCACCCUUCCUGGCUAUGUGAUGACAAACUCUGAUCCUUCCAUACCCGAAGAGCUUGAGGACAGUGGCCCCAAAAGAGUGGACGAUAUCUCAUUGAAGGAAAACCUGCCUGUAAUGAAUACAAGCGUAGCAGCUGAAGAUGAAGAGGAAACGCUGUAGCAGAUAAAGAUAUAAACAGACAGUGAGCAACACCUCUGCAGACUGUUGCUCAAAUGCCGUCUUGUGUAAUAUUUUGCUAAGCAGGGUAGCUUACAUAAAUCCCAACUAAAAUUGAAGAACACUGAAAGUCCCAAAUGGAUAAGUGAAUGUUUUAUAUAAAAAAAGAAAAAAAGUCAUGCAUCUGUUUAUGCAAAACCUUUCCUAUGGCUUAAAGGAGGGGGGGAAGCUUCUUUUUUAUUCCAGUGACACCCUAAAUAAGACGCCAUAAGGAAAUUUAUACUAGGAUUCCAAAAGAUGUUUGGAUCCCAGCUGUGACCCAGAUGCAGCUGUUCAAACCAAGUGUAUGUAUUUUAAACAUAUUUGACCUUGUUAAUAUUAAAAUGUAAAAGCUUACUCUGCACUGGUUUUAAGGGCUUUAUGGGCUGCUAUGGACAGAUGGUGUAUGAAGACAUGAAGAAGGAUAUCACUCUCUGUUAUGCUGCCACAGUAAAAAUAAUACAAC